AUGCACUUUUUACCGACCAUUAUCGCUACGUUGUUGGCUGCCACCAGCGUAGCCCCUGUCACUGCACAUGAGAUCACAUCAAUUGAGGCAGCUGUCGAUGAGAUCCACAUGCUUCUCAAUCAUACAAGUCCUCAUCCUGGAGAGGUAUGGAAGAACACUAGAGUUGCAUUCCUCGAUCACGGCAGUCAUAUCUGGCUUCAAAUUAUUCGAGAUUUCGACCGCAUCGAGUUACCUGAACACUUGGUGAAGGGAAAGGUCAAAUGUGGGGACUAUUUUAUGAAUAUAGACGAUUACAGAUUUCCCAUUGCGCAACUAUUCGAAUGGAUACGGGAUUCUGGUAGAGGCAGAAUCCGAUUCGACGAUUUUCAUCAAUUCCACGACGGAACUAGGAUCAGAGCAUAUGCCUGUGAUUCAGCCUGCGGACAGACAGCACACUUAGAAGAUAUCAUACCCAUGUUUGCCGAGAUCUGGAAAAGGUGUCCGGACAGAUUGGGAGUAUUUAGCAUGGACAAGAAAUGGCACGCAUCUUACGGUUUAGCCGUUGUUUCGGGCUAUACUGUUUGCUUUAAGCUAAAGAUAUUUGGGGCUACAUUGCCCCUUUGCAAACACCAUUACAAGUAG